UCGGGUUUGCUCCUGGAAGCGCUAUUAGUGGGCGUGUUUCCGCUGCGAGCAGAGGUCUUUUAAGGACGCUGUUACACAAUCACGCAACCCUGACCGCCCCUGUGUAUAAGCCUACGAUCGCCCUAAAGCUGCGCACAGAUCGGACUGCAGCCUGCGCCGGGAUCGUCGCCAUGGCGAAAGACAUGACUUUGUUCUGGGGCUCCGGCUCUCCUCCGUGCUGGCGCGUCAUGAUCGCGCUGGAGGAGAAAAAACUGCAGGGCUACCAGCAAAAACUGCUAUCAUUCGAGAAAAUGGAGCACAAGUCCAAAGAAGUAAUGGAGCUGAACCCGCGGGGACAACUCCCCGCCUUCAAGCACGGAAACCACAUACUGAACGAAUCUUACGCUGCCUGCUUAUACCUGGAGAGUCAGUUCAAAUCCCAGGGGCCACAGCUGAUUCCUGACAGUCCGGAGGAGCAGGCGAUGGUGUACCAGCGCAUGUUUGAGGCCCAGACUCUGCAGCAGAAACUCAGUGAUGUCAUCUACUACACCUGGCGUGUCCCUGAGGCGGAGAGACAUGAAUCUGCACUGAAGAGAAAUAAGGAGACUCUGACAGCGGAGCUGCAGCUGUGGGAGCAGUACCUGCAGAAGAUGGAGGCGGGGUCUUACCUGGCAGGAAAGUCAUUUUCAAUGGCUGAUGUUGUUGCAGUCCCUGUGGUUGCCUAUGCUGUUCGCUUCGGUCUCUCCCAGGACAGAUACCCCCGGCUGGGCCAGUACUACUCCCUGGUGAAGGAGCGUCCCAGCGUGAAGGCUUCCUGGCCCCCUCACUGGCUGGAAAACCCCCAGGGCAUGGACACCCUAAAGGACCUCUGAGGCCCAAGCUGUGCUGUCUCUCUACAGCUAAAUGUAGUUUAAAAGUUAGUAAAAGUAGAAGUUUAAAAUUAAAUUGCAUAAACCAGGUGCCAUCCAGCUGAAAUUCCUCUUUUAUAGCACAGUAAACAAACUGUGAAAAUGCUCCACCUGUCUCUGUACCCAUGGAUACUCCUCUUGACAUUUUCUCAUCCUUUCACCAUUUUCUUCACCCACUUCAGAAUAAAAAGCAUAAUUUCAAUUUCA